AUGACGCAGAUUAGAUGCGUGCGCUUCCAAUGCGCAAUAGCUGGUCAUCCCACACCCUGGUCUACCUGGGACAAAGAGGGUAUCAUCGUUACGCCCACUGCGCGGAUAGCUGUGAAAGAGGUGGAUGAUUUGCGUUUUCUAGAAAUUGAUGAGGUCACAUUCGAUGAUGCCGGCUUGUACCGCAUUACUUUGGAGAAUGAUUACGGACGUAUUGAGGCUACAGCACGCCUCGAUGUGAUUGGUCGUUCGCGUUACUCGCGUUCACCUUCCGCGCGCAGCGUACGCGCAUCCUCAUCACGACGCAAUGCACACAUACAUCGACGCAUUAUGGGACCAUCGACGGCGAUCGGUGGCCGCAUGGCCUUGGCUACCGGCUAUCGUGGAUCCUCUGUGCCAUCCUGUAAGUUCUAUCACAAUGGUUAUGAACUGGAGGAGGAUGAUGAGCGCGUGCAAAUCGUAGUGAACGAACGUGAAGCGCUGCUAUGUAUUGACAAUGUGACCGAAGCCGAUGAGGGCCUGUACACAUGCAUUUUGCAAGGUGAACACGAGCCACUGCUCUCCAGCACCUGGGUGCAGUUCCAGUCAACGGAGGAUGAAGCAUUGGCUGCGCGCCUAAGAGAACCACGCAUUUCCCGUUCACUUCCCACGCAAUUGCAGGCAUACGAACGCGAUACUGUAGAUUUAUGCCUAGAAUUAGAGUGCGCAGAGCCAUAUAGCUACACCUGGACGCGCAACGGUGAGUUGCUACCCGACGAUGAGGACUUCAAUCAAAUCGAUCACGGCAAUGGCAUACUCUGUCUGCGCAUAAACGACGCUUUCGAUUUAGAUACCGGCGAGUAUGCCUGUGAGGUGCGUACUGCUGCUGGUCUAACUUGCAGCACUGCUUGUCAGCUUAACAUUACCGACGCCGAAGAGGAGCGUUUGUCUGCCUUAGCGCAGCAUGAAUGUCAGCCGACAUUGCUGAAAUCACCGCUGCCGCUACUGACGACUGUUGGUGCUGCUGAAGUGGCAUUUUGCGCGCGCGUUUACCCACCAGAAGCCAAUGUACAGUGGUUUGUCGGUGGUCGCGAAAUAGUAGAAGAGAAUGAGGAUGAAGCCAGCGAGCAUGAGUCAUUCGACGAUGAUGACGACGACGAGGACAACGACGGCGCAGUGAUAAAGGGCAACGGCAAUCCGAGCGUUUAUCUCUGA